AUGAAUACAGGUUAUAGUGAUGUUGUAUUAUUAGUUCAGUUCUCAAAAAAGAUAGAAAGUAGAACGUUUGUUGAAUAUAACUCAUUAAAAUUGGCCUUAAAUGGAAUAUGCCAAUUGUAUGAACAAGCAAUAAAAGAAAAUGACCCUUCAGUACAAAGAAUAACAUAUAGCAUGAAUGAUUUGUUUGUGUAUAUUGACAAUGUCCAAAAAAUGACGAUAUUAUUAUUUCAUCAGCCCACUUGGUCAUAUAGACUUCAUGAUAAAAAAUGGAUAAAACAAAAAUUGGUUGAACAUAUUAAAGAUCAGAUUGGACAAUAA